AUGUAUGGCAAAGCUAAGGCGGUCUUUGUCAAGGCCAAUGUGAACAAUACCCAAGAGGUAAAGGAAAUGGUAGAAGCUGCUGUGAGGCACGGUGGUAGACUGGACGUACUAGUCAAUAACGCUGGCCUCGGCAGCACUUCAGGAUCUCCUUUUGUCCAUGACCUGAAAGAAGAGGAUUGGGACCGUGUUCUAAACGUGAAUCUUCGUGGGACGUUCCUGACCAACAAGUACUCCCUGCGACAGAUGAUUAAUCAAACAGCAAUACCACUUCCUUCAGCAUCUACCUCUUCUUCACCACCACCAGGCUCCGGUUCCACUUCAUCCACCACAGACCUCUCUGAGCACCCUCUCGCACGUCGCGGUACCAUCAUCAACGUCAGCAGCAUGCUCAGCACAAUAGCAUUACCGGAUGGCACUGCCGCGUAUUGUGCAUCGAAAGGCGGAGUACUCAACUUGACCAAGCAGUUGGCUCUAGACUAUGCGAGGUAUAAAAUCAAUGUCAACGCUUUAUGUCCUGGUUUUCUCAAAACAGCAAUGACAUCAGGAAACUGGGGUAAUGAAAAGACGAACGCGGAGAUGAUAAGCACGACGCCGUGGGGUCAAUGGGGACGAGCGGAAGAUGUCGCGAGGCUGGCUGUGGCGUUGGCGAGCGAGGAUGCAGCUUGGGUUACUGGGGAAGGGGUUGUUGUUGAUGGUGGGUAUAGUGCACAGUGA